CCACGCGCUUCCCAGCAGGUGGCGCUGCCCGACCAGCAGGAGGACACUCUAGGCAGGACCCAACGGUGACUUCCGAUCUCUAUGGUGCUGGCAGCCGGGAAGGAAGUAGGAAACUGGUUAGAGCUACACCCGGCUUUUGUGCAGUUGGUAUCCCGGUCCAUGAGUAAGGAGGCAUAAACGAGAGGGUCCCCGUGUGACGGCUGCAGUCGUGACAUUCGUGAGUGGAGGGGAUAGAGCUGUGGACAGAAGACCUAACCUGGGGAGAAUGUCCUCCCCUGGGAGGUGCCGUGCAGGUGCUGUGGUGAAUAAAUCCCAAUCCAGGAAGAAGCUCUGUCCGGAUCCUGGGGGUGGCUGCCAAGGGGAGCCAGCAGGAAGAGUCCCUAAACUGGAGAGCCAACCCCUCCGUAGGGAGAAGGAUCCCCCCGAUCUCAAUCAAGAGGCCAAGGGCUCCCGGGAAGCCGAAGAACCACUGCAACUUACACCUUCUCCUGCCAAACUCUUGGGACGGGGUCCAAGGAAAGUAGUUCUGCAUGUGGACCUGAAUAACACCAUCCUGGUGUCAGACAGUGUUACAAACCAAGGUCCUUUGGCAGCCCUGAACAAUUAUCUGAGCACUGUUUGCUGGGGGAAGCUGAGCCAGACGGGUGAGUGGCAGUGGCUGAGUUACUCACCCUCUCUGCUACCUCCCAGCCCAAACGCGGUCAACUUUUACACUCAGUUUGGCCGGAAUACCAGGUUCACGGAUGGCAACUUGGGCCUCCCUUUCCAGAGCCUCCUUGCUCACCACCUGAAACUGUUGGAGUGGUCAGGCCAGCCAGACAAAACGUUCUCUAUCCCGGGGGAGGAUGGCAAAGAGUACCACCGGAUUCUGCCCUCCUUCUUCCAUCUCUUGGAGACCCUGCUGCGGCAAGGCAGGCACUUUGCUGUGGUGUUCCGCACCUUUGGCCAGGAUCUACCUCCUGUGCUCCAGGCUAUGCACUCUGCCCUGAAGGGGCAGCACCCUCAGUUCCCUGCUUUGCAGGAGAUGGCGUUCCCCACGAACCUUUCCCCUGGUCGAAUCCAGUGCAGCACCCGGGAGAUAGUGGUCAGCCGAGGAGCGGAGCGUGUUUCUAGCCGGCCAGAUGGGAGAGGAAUGUACCGUUACUUCAGUUCUAUGGAAGGCCUCGGGGGCUUCCGGGAUCAUUUUGAAUGGUGGUCCAAGAACAGUUUCUCCAGCCGGGGCGGGAAACCACUGUGGAUCGACCCCCACGACCCUCAGGUUCAGCACAUCUGUUUUGAUGACAACAUACGCCUGCAAGACAGUGACAGCAUUAUCCACCCUCAGCCUCUUCAGGGAAGGAGGAGAAAGAUGCUGCCCUAAUGGUCAAGUUGAUUUGCUUGGCACCUGCUCCAGCACAAAAGUCCUGCGAGAGGUUUGAUGCUGUGUGAGGCUGGCAAUGAUGUUGGCUUCGGGAACCCUCUGAUUCAAAGGUGCCGGUGGCCCCAUGAGAUUUUUCCCAGUGUCUUCCCGGAACAACAGGCAGAGCUUUUGGAGCAGCAGCCAGGGUGGCUCUUAGCGACUGCCUCUGUAGGCUGUGAUUCCUCAACUCAGACUUGCCGGGUACCCAUCUUCUCUCCCGGGGGACAGUGCGGGUACCCUUGAUCCCCGGUGAACUGCCCGGGUCUUGGUUGGGAGCAUGAGGCUCUGCUCUGUCUAACAGCUGGGUUUGUGACAGCUUGAGAUUCCAGAGUAAAUGCUCCAGUUGACUGCCGAGCCUCCAGCUUCCCACUGGGAUCGUUCCGCCUCUUGCCCCAACUCCAAAGAGGAGGCAUCUCGAGAAGGAACUGAGCUGAUGGCAGUGAUUCAUGAAGCUGAACGGUACUCCGGCCCCCGCCCCCGUCGAAACGGGCCAGUUAGCAAAGGGCUGCUGUCAGCUUCUCCAAGUGAGGGAAAGAUCUCUAGGGUCGGAGGGAGCGGACCAGACCCGUGGGAUCUUCUCGGUCUGCCUCAGGUUGGAGCUGCCUGGGUGUGUGUGCUGCCUACCCUUCCUGCUGGUUUAACAGCAUUCGGAGCCAGAUCGCAUCGGGGGUAAUGGGCUCCCUUGUU